GAACCCCCUCCGGUACUCGUUAGCUGGCUUUUCCCGGUGAAACCUUCCACUCACUGCUGUCAACAUGGAGAGUCUGCUCCGCGCCCUGGCCGUGCUGGCUGUGAUGUUCUUGGGGUUGUUCCAGCAGGGAGCCGGUGUGACCAGCCGGCCGUACACAUCUGUGCUGACUGUGCCAAACGGACAGCGGUGGGGAACAUGGAGGGAGCCCGAGAUGUGUCCUGACCAGUUCUUUGCUGUUGGCUUCAGUACCAGGGUGGAGUCCAGACAGGGCAAAGGCGACGACACGGCCCUGAACGGCAUCCGCCUCAUCUGCGGCAAAGACGAGGACCACAACUUCAUGUACACUGUGGAGUCUCACCCUGGCUUCUGGGGCGAAUGGUCCAACCCUCAGUACUGCCCCAGUGGCGUGCUCACCUCUUUCCAGCUCCGCGUGGAGGGCAGUCAGGGCAGGAAAGACGACACCGCUGCCAACAACAUCAAGUUCCGCUGCAGCAGCAGCCCCUUGCUGGAGGGCAGUGGCCUGGACUGGGGGGGGUACGGCGGAUGGAGCCAGGUUUGUGUCAACGGAGGAAUCUGUGGCAUCGAGACCAAGGUGGAGGACCGACAGGGGAGAGGGGACGACACCGCCCUCAACGACGUGCGCUUCCGUUGCUGUGACAGAGCCCAGCAGGUGAGCAGCUUGGUCCCUUCACCUGUGAUUGACAGAUGAGCAGCAUGGUCCGCCCCUCCUCCCUCACCCUGAAUUAAACAAUGAAAAAUAAUAAAGUGCUCAUUUGAA